GUUUGAAUUAAAGGGCUAUAAAAGCUGAUCUUCUGAUUACAAACUGCAUCAUUCAUUCGUCAGUUUGCGGAUUCAAAGGAAGUCUAGAGAAAUGUCUCGAUUGUCCCUUCCCGUCUUGGCCAUUGUGCUAGUUUUGGCUGGAGCUUCGCAGGCGGCCAGCUUGGAGUGGCCCUCGAAUCUGGUGGCCCUCAGUACUUCCAAAACCUCGCAGUUGAUUCCCAUUGCCAGCGAGGAUUCGGUUGAGUUGGCCGAAAGCAGUUCGGGAUCGGUAGUCUCAUCGGGCAGCCAACCGGAGGAGCAAUCCGAGGAGGAGGAGGAGCCGGUGGCCCAAUCCUCCAGUGGCACUGUGGAUGCCAUCGAUGCCCGUUUGGUUUCCUCUGCAAUUCCCGUCUCCGUUCCACUUCCUCUGAUCCUGGCUGCCCGAAAUGGACUCCGCACCGUGCUGACCAUCCAGGAGCCAACUGUGGCCAAGGUGGGUGAGGUGGUGCAGCACGUGCCCACCGCCAUUUCGCAUCAGAGCCAGACGGUGGUGCACGACCACCGUCGGCUGGUCACACCCAUUGUGGCUCCGGCGGUGCGCACCACCCAAGUGGUUCGCCAGCAGCCACCGCUUGUGUGGACCGUCGCCUCCGAUCCUCGAGUGGUCCUCAUCCGCAACUAAGGAUUCAAGCCAAAGAUCAAGAAGAUGAACUCGCCAAAUCUAUGAUACUUCUACUCUUAAUUCCCUUUCUGGAUCUGAUCGCCCACAAAACUCUUUCUCUUCUCUGUCUUCUUUCUUCUGCCAUUUUCUGUAGAAUUCUUUUGUAGUGUACUCUUAAUAAAGUUUUCGCAAAUGCA